CAUGGAUCAAAGUUCUUCUUCUUCUUCUUCUUCUUCAUCAUCAUCAUCAUCAUCAUCAUCAUCAUCAUCAUCAUCAUCAGCAGCAGCAGCCAGCUCCUUUCGCCCGGGGUUUCGACCGAGGCGGCCUCAUCAAAAAUCUCGAAAUGGCUGCUUGACGUGCAAACAACGACGGAAGAAAUGCGACGAGAAGCGGCCGUGCUGUACCCUCUGCGAAACGAGUAUGAGAACAUGCGUUUAUGCAACAAAACAACAAUCCCCGGAGUUAAGCGAGUCUUCACUGUCUCGCCUGUCAUCUCCAACCCCAUCGCUAUCCGGUCCUUUCAGCAGUCUGUCAGCCGGCUCCAGAGCAUCACUCCUUGGGUCUCCAUUACCCCCUUAUGCCGUGAGUCAGGUUGGCACUGCGGAUGGCCUCCCCAGCCUUACAGACGCGGACCUCUACUUCCAUUUUCUGAACCAUACAUGCAAGUCGGCUCCACGUUACCACAAAAGUCAGAUUGUCUUGCAGAUCGGGAUAGCCAAGCUGGCUCUCGAUAGCGAGCCAGUCUGUCACUCCAUCCUGGCACUAUCUGCUGCCUGUAUUUGCUGCGAUACCAUCUCCACUGGAAAUGCUGAUCCGGAAACGGUCCGUCAACUCCUGGAUGUCGGCUUGCAGCAUCACACUUUGGCUCUCGAACAGAUGCGGACCAUGACAUGCCGCCAAAGUGAGACGGAUAUCCAACCUCUGUUAGCCUGCUCGCUCUUGCUGGUACCGUUUGCGCUAGCCUUCCAACACAUUCAUCACUGGGUGCUCUCCACCAAGGGAAUGUUACAGGAUACUGACCUUCUCACACCCCGAGACGCUAUCCUGUUACUCAGAGGUAUACGCACAACCAUCGUUGCGUUGAAUUCCAAUCAAGCAAAGAGCGGAAGCCCGAAGUCCGAAACCCCUUGGGACACAAUGUUUUCAUCCCAGAGCACGGAUCCCAAGGAUUUUGAAACCAUUCCCGAGCUCUCUCAUACCAUGUUUCCUAUGCUGGCAGCUACGUUCCGCCAGGCUUUAUCGCAACUCCGAUCCAGGAUCGAGAGUGCUCUUGCCGCCACUAAGGCAGAUGAGAACACUUCCUCGGCGUUCAACGCUUACGACGUCCUGAAUGAUAUAAUGUCUAGUACUUUCUCGGAUCACAAAACCAUGAAGAGUUCAUCGGAAUGUGUCACCUAUUAUUCUGUCGCACCCGAUAGUCUACUAUCACAGGCGCCGGGUUGGCUACGAAAUUUCGCACUUCGACGACCACAACCCACGCACUCGGAGCCAUUGGUCCGGACGUUCCUCUCCUUCUUCUCCCGUGUCUCCAAAACUUAUGUCGACCUGCUUCUUCCCCUUCUCGAGCCUCGAAUAGACGAUAAUGUCGAUGACGAUCGCGAGCUCACGACGGCGAAAAUCCUGGCACUGGACGUCUAUGCGCAUUGGCUGGUACUCAUGCUCUUGGUGGAGGUCGAGGCAUGGUGGGUGGGCAAUUUUCCGUUCGUGGCACUUCAGGGCCUGAUUACGAGAUAUGGUAACGGCUUCUCGGGCAUUUCGACAGUUCACGAGCAGUGGUGGCCGGCAAGUAUGCUAGAGGUCGCUACACGCUUGAAGCACUGGAAGUGAAAUAUCUGCUUGGGCACCUUAAGGGUCUCAACCCGUUUCUCCUCAUGAAGCGAAAACUCUUUGCCCCAGACGGUAGAGUUGGAAAGUUAAGGAUUUUGGACCACUGUCGAAGAAAGCCUGGUGGCUUGAUUUAUACGCGGCUUAGGUGGUGGAAUCUUCGGAAAACUUCCACUUUUCGUUCCAUGGAUGCCAUUUGUCGACACGUCGAAGGCAAUGCGGACUGGUGGGUGGCUGUGGAGAGAUGCCUCAAAGGGUCUGCAUAUGCCGUGGUAUAAAAUUGCAGCCACCGUUGGCGCAAACCCGAAGUUCGAGGCGUCAACUGUGGAACAUGACCAGCAUGAAACUCCCUGCCUGUGUUUGCAUUUCAGUCUCCGCAUUGGACCAGGGAUCACCAGCAGUUCAAGCUGUGGUCAGCCUCACCAUUGCAGCCUCCAUAGGCUUUCGAUGCAAAACUCUCAGGCUGCUGCGCCGAGCAUUCUGAUUCAUGGAUAUCGGAGCACACGUCAGGCAGCGACUAAUCUUAACUCGUUCCGUCUGUCAAUAUCUCAACUGAGGUCUUCUGACCAGGCUCGUGGCGUUCGGCCGCGCCAGUAAGAACAAUAAGA